AUGCCAGGCGUACGAGACAUCAGCGCGGAGGCCUUCAUCACUGCAUACGCUUCCCAUCUCAAGCGAUCAGGCAAGCUCGAGGUCCCUACAUGGGUCGACCUUGUCAAGACCGGCUUCUACAAGGAGCUCGCUCCGUAUGACCCCGACUGGUACUACGUUCGCGCAGCUGCCGUCGCUCGUCACAUCUACCUCCGCAAAGACGUCGGCAUCGGCGCUCUCGCAAAACUGCACGGUGGCCGCAACCGCCGCGGUAACCGUCCAUCACACCACGCCGACGGCUCAACAAACGUCCAACGGAAAAUCUGCCAAUCGCUGGAGAAGAUCGGUGUCUUGGAGCAAACCGACAACGGUGGACGCAGAAUCACUCAGGAUGGACAACGGGAUUUGGAUCGUAUUGCCACCGCUGUAGUUGAAGCUGCAAAGGAGGACGAAAGCGAGGAGGAGGAGGAAGACGAGGAAGAAGAAGGUGAGGAGGAGGACGAGGAGUGA